CAAGCAAUAGGAUCCACUUGAAAAGGACCAGUAUUACUGGCCGAAACGUCGUGGUAAAAUUUAAAAUAAAACUGCCAGCCUUGGUCGAUCUAACCCUUUAGUAUUUUGUUUUAAUUACUGGCGAUACAACAAUUCUAAAUUUGGUUUUCUGUAGUAUAUUCCUUUAGUAUGUUACCAUAAUUAAUUGCUCUAUCAUAUAUUAAGAUAAGUUUUUGUUAAUUGUUCUUGUUAAUGAAGAUCCAUUAUAGAAUUUCAAUUUCACAGGGGAGUCACAAUUUCUUGCAGGUGCAGCUAAAAAUUUAGUUCCUGUAUUAGCAGCUUUGCCAUCAAGUAGAUCAAUGUCCAGUCCGCCAUGUUCGCCGAAAGGAGAUCAGGAUGGUGGUGGAUGCCAAAGCUCUGGGUCCACGACCGUAUCCGCCACGUCUUCGCCAGGUCUUGACGAGGAACUUGAGCAAUCUAGGAUUACUAUUAAUCCCACCAUAGAAAUGUCACCGAGGAAAAAGCCUCGCAAGCAACAGUUUGCGGGUGUAGAAUUAACUGAGCCUAGAUGUACGGAGGAAGAGAUGCAAUUUAUCACGGAGGAAAAAUUGAAGAAGGAUAUUAAAGAGGAAUCAAAAGAGAAGUUGUCCGACAAGAGGCAACUCUCCAAUGUACAAAGUGAUAUUAAGUCGUCUACUCAGCAAACGGAACUCACAAUACGGACACGGCCUGUACCAAGUUUAUUAGGCUCUUCUUGGAAAAAUAAAUGGACAGUUAGAUUACACCAUUAUAGAAGGCCAAGUGAUGUUCGACCUCGUGAGGAGAGAAGACCAACAGUUGCCGAAUUGGCGCAACAGAAACACGUGUUACAGAAACUGAACGGGUGGAAAAUCUAUCAUCUCACUACGCAAAUGGAAGAUAUUGCGACCCUUGAAAAACAGGUUCACGAAAAAUUAAAAACGACGCUCAUGCUAUUGGAAUCGCAGCAAACUGUAAAAAGUAAGCACAGUGACGGGCUCGAGCGUGUAAAUGAACUGAUCAAGGGCAACAUGCAGCGCAGUAGUCUAAUCAGCGAAGGCAUGAACGAAGCACGUACACAGCUCGUCGCUAUAUUUCAACAUAAAGGCCCUAUUACUGAUCUUUUGCAACGCUGUGGUAAUAAACGGGCACAGAAAAAGAGGGACAAAUGAGCUGUCGUGCUGAAUAAAUACGUAGAACCUUUAUAAACGAACUUUGUUGGAAGGAAGUUCAAAAGGGAACUAUUUUUAUCUGUGUCACAGAUUCUAUACAUAGGAAUAAAUAAAUGGUUUUAUAAGUCUAAAA